AUGCAUAGCUCCAAACUCAUUAUUGCUGUCUUAUUGAUGGUUAUUGCCUCAUGUGUUGUCGUUUCUUCUAGAUCUCUCCCAUACAGAGGACAAAGCAUUGUUGACUUUAUUAACUCUCUCCAACUCGAUGAGGAAAAUGAAGAACUCGCUGACACCUUCUCUUUUGAUUCAGGUGAUGAUAUUGCUAGUGAAGCUAUUAGAAGAUAUGGACGUGUUGCUACUGCAGGUGGUCAUUGUGCUCGUGCUGUUAGAGAAUCUAUUGAAGGUGCUUUGGACAUUUCCUUGCAAAGAACUGAAAGUGCUAAGAAUUAUGGACCUUCCUUGUUGGCUGCUGGUUUCCAAGUUGUUUCUGGACCUGCUCAAGAUGGUGAUGUUGCCAUUUUCCAAGCUAUCCCAAACCAUCCUCAUGGCCACAUUCAAAUCAAAACACCAAUUGGUUGGGUUUCUGAUUUCAAGCAAAGAGAUCAAUAUCCAGGUCCAAGCUACAGAAGUAUCAGUGCUCCAUUCAAAUUGUACAGAUAUACUGAUUAA